GGCUGAUGCGCAUGCGCAUACAAUGUAACAAGAUGGCGGAGAGUGCGGAACUGAAGCAAAUGGUGAUGAGCCUUCGAGUUUCGGAGCUCCAGGUGUUGUUGGGAUAUGCAGGAAGGAAUAAACACGGGCGCAAACAUGAACUUUUGACCAAAGCUCUCCACCUCCUGAAGGCCGGCUGUAGUCCUGCAGUGCAGAUGAAGAUCAAAGAACUUUACAGACGCCGUUUCCCAACCAAAAUGGUUUCACCGGUGGACCUCGCCCUGCCCGGUGUCCAUUCUGCCUCUAGCCUGCCCACUAGCCUAGCACAGCUUGGAUUUGAUAGCCACGGUUCUCCGUCACCUUUGUUGCCUGUUUCAUUGCUGGGUCCGAAGCACGAGCUGGGUCUGCCUCACCUCCCGUCAGCUCUUCACCCUGUUCACCCGGAUGUCAAGCUCCAGAGAUUGCCCUUCUACGACCUUCUGGACGAGCUCAUUAAGCCAACCAGCCUGGCCUCAGACAACAGUCAACGGUUCCAGGAAGCAUGCUAUGCCUUUGCAUUAACGCCACAACAGGUUCAACAGAUAAGUAGCUCGAUGGAUAUCUCUGGAACCAGGUGUGACUUCGCAGUUCAAGUCCAGUUACGCUUUUGUUUAUCAGAGACAAGUUGUCCUCAGGAGGAUCAUUUCCCACCAAACCUGUGUGUGAAGGUGAACGGGAAGCUCUGCAACCUGCCGGGCUAUCUCCCUCCUACCAAAAAUGGAGUUGAACCAAAAAGGCCCAGUCGUCCAAUCAACAUCACGUCACUGGUCCGGCUGACCACCACCGUCCCCAACACGAUUGUUGUGUCAUGGACUUCAGAAAUUGGGAGGAAUUUCUCCAUGGCUGUUUAUUUGGUACGACAGCAGUCGUCAGCAGUGUUGUUGCAAAGACUACGAGCCCGAGGAAUUAGAAACCCUGACCACUCGAGGGCACUGAUCAAAGAAAAGCUGACAGCAGAUCCCGAGAGUGAGAUCGCCACCACAAGUCUACGAGUGUCUCUUUUGUGUCCUCUGGGCAAGAUGCGGCUGACGAUCGCGUGCCGCGCGCUAACGUGCUCACACCUUCAGUGCUUCGAUGCUACGCUUUAUAUCCAAAUGAAUGAGAAGAAGCCGACGUGGGUCUGUCCUGUCUGUGACAAAAAAGCGCCUUACGAGCACCUCAUUAUUGACGGGUUAUUCAUGGAAAUCUUGAAUAGCUGUUCUGACUGUGAUGAAAUUCAGUUUAAAGAGGACGGAAGCUGGUCACCCAUGAGGUCCAAGAAAGAAGUGCAGGAAGUCUCAGCUUCGUACUGCGGCGUUGACAAUGAUUUGUCAAGAACAAUGGCGCAGGAGCAAAAGCGCGGAUCUUUGAACGACAGCAGUAAAAAAGUGGAUGUGAUUGACCUGACACUGGAUAGCUCUUCAGACGAUGAGCCCGAUGAUGAGCCGCCUCCGAAAAGGGCCUGUCCGUCACUGUCGCCAGUCUCUCCUCCUGCCACAAAGGGAGUCCUGAACCUGCACAACCAGGUGUCGCCAGUGACCAGAGCUCCCAGCAUGCCGCCUGUGGAGACCAGCUACAUUCCUCCACCUCCACCUCUAAUCCAGGACUACCGUCACUAUUACCAUACUGGUAGUGAGCUACCAGAUCUCAAUUUCUUCUCCAUCCUACAAGGCGACAAUCAGCUGUUUUCGUCCGGUCAGCAUUACAACAUGGUGAUGGCCGCCGCCGCAGCAGCUUCGGCUUCAGCGUCAGAAGACCACGACCUGCUCCUCAACCGCUUCCUGCCCUACACCUCUUCCCAGAUGUUGCGAGAACAGCCCGGCACCCCAGGGAGCAGCACGCUGGUGGCCACAAACGGAGGCAGCAACAGUGGCAGCACCAGCAGCCUGGUGUCUUCCAGCAGCCUGCGGGACAAGGACAGAGAGCGGGACAGGGACAACCACACCAUCUCAGGAUUGUCCAGGUCUUCUGUAGAUGCAGCGACGGCGGCCAUUUAUGGCUCCAUAUCUGACGUUAUCUCUCUGGACUAGAGCGACUGGACUACACAACAAGGGACACCUCCAGAACACAAGUUCUUUGUAAAUACGGAAGAGGAAGACGAAAGAAUACAGUACUAUGUACAGAGAGGAAAAUCUAUUUUCAAUUUUACUUAUCAUAUGUAUAUAAACUUAGGACGCUUCUUGUCCAGUGAGUUUCUUCAGUUGAUAUUUUUCUGUGAACACUGAAGACUUUUUCACACCUCUUCAUGUGCUCCUUUAUAUUAUAUUGUACCUUUUGUACUUGGUUUUUACAGUUUUAUGUUUCAAUAUUCCAUUUUAAUGGCAUUAUUCCAUGAUAAUGCCAUGUGCACAGAACCAUGAGGAAGUGGCACGCUGUGGAACGUGAUGUCUAGAUCGUGAAAGAAGACGGGCAUUGUUUUAGAUGUACAAAAGGUAAACGUCACACCAAACUGUUCAACACUUUAUUACCUAAAUUGCAGCAACUUUUGUCAAAAGCGUCUUUGGCAGCAGACAGAUCUGGUCACUUUUGCAGUCACUGUAGGUUUUCAUGAAAGACAUUCAUGCUGUGGUCUUGUUAUUUUAAAGGUAUUAUUUAUAAUGUAACUUAUGUCGGAUGGAUGCUGUUUUUGUUUUUGUUUUGUUUUCUAAGGAAUCAUUCCCUUGCCUCUCAGCUGUUGCCACUAGAGUUGCAAAAGGACUCGCUAGGUCCUUUGGUUGUCACUGCUCUCUUCUCUUGCCUCUCAACUGAAUCCAUGCUGCCGUGAACAAAAUCUUAGAGUAAGUAAAAGUGAACUUAAGUCAGUAUUUGAACAGGUUUUGAUCUGUUGCCACAUCCACCCUCCCUUUUCUGCUGAGGUACAAAUUAAAGUCUCAUCACAGAUGACUGGUUAAUGCUUGGACUUUGUUUUUGAAGGACACAGAAAUAAGCAUCAUUUUUAAAGACACUUGUUUUUAAACAGGCGGUAGAUCAGCACUUCGGCUUUGGAACCUCCCCCCUGAAAAAGCUCUCCUGCUUCAUUGCUGUCAAGUGACCUGUCAAAGCACAGAGCCGUGUUGUAGUUUAGCUGACAAAGUAACUGUGAUCGUCCUCGAGUGAAUCACACAACACAUUUGUUUUGGCCGUCGGGGUCAAAACCAUUGAAGUAACUAUCAACCCCCGCCCUUCCUUGACUUGUGCUUACAAUACAAUUAUUUAUUAUCAUAUAUAUUUUCAGCAUUCGUUUGAUUUUUUUGUGGAUAUGCAUUGCUGUCAUUGUAUGUGAUAUUUCUUUUGUAAUUAUAUAAUUAAUGCUAUUUAAAAAACAAUGUCAUUGUUGCUUGACAUGCAUCGUAACAUUUUCUGUUUCUCUCCAAUUUAAUAUCAGAUGAUGUCAAUAACUCAGUAGAGGCUCUGAUCAUUUUUGAACCGCUUCAAGGUCUCCUGUGCUGUUUGAUAUUUGUAAGAAUUAAACAGAUCAGAAAGUG